CUGCACCCUACCUUGCAUUGUGUUAUUAAUUAUCUUCCAUUUUCUUUUCUUCCUUCUUUUCUGUUUCUUAUUAGCUUUGAUCAUAAAAAAUGUGUGGUAUUCUUGCUGUCCUUGGUUGCUCUGAUGACUCUCAAGCCAAAAGGGUCCGCGUCCUUGAGCUUUCUCGCAGGUUGAAGCACCGUGGGCCAGACUGGAGUGGGCUCCACCAACAUGGUGACUGUUACUUGGCUCAUCAACGGUUAGCCAUAGUUGAUCCUGCUUCCGGUGAUCAACCUCUCUUCAACGAAGACAAAACCGUUGUUGUCACGGUAAAUGGAGAGAUUUACAACCAUGAAGAGCUGAGGAAGCAACUGCCUAACCACAAGUUCAGAACUGGAAGUGACUGUGAUGUGAUUGCACACCUGUAUGAGGAACAUGGAGAAAACUUUGUGGACAUGCUUGAUGGAAUAUUUUCAUUUGUUCUUCUGGAUACUCGUGACAACAGCUUCAUAGUCGCCAGGGAUGCUAUUGGUGUCACUUCCCUCUACAUUGGUUGGGGAUUAGAUGGUUCUGUUUGGAUAUCAUCAGAAAUGAAAGGGUUGAAUGAUGAUUGUGAGCAUUUUGAGUGUUUUCCACCUGGUCAUUUGUAUUCAAGCAGAGAAAGAGCAUUUAGAAGAUGGUACAAUCCUCCAUGGUUCUCUGAGGCUAUUCCUUCAGCUCCUUAUGACCCUCUUGCUUUGAGGCAUGCCUUUGAGAAGGCAGUCAUAAAAAGAUUGAUGACUGAUGUGCCUUUUGGUGUUCUGCUCUCUGGUGGUUUGGACUCUUCAUUGGUUGCAUCCAUCACUUCUCGCUACCUCGCCACCACGAAGGCUGCCGAGCAAUGGGGAUCAAAAUUGCACUCAUUCUGCGUUGGCCUCGAGGGCUCACCGGAUUUGAAGGCUGCAAAAGAAGUUGCAGACUAUCUAGGAACUGUCCACCAUGAAUUUCAUUUUACUGUUCAGGAUGGCAUAGAUGCAAUUGAAGAUGUUAUCUACCACAUUGAAACUUAUGAUGUAACUACAAUUAGAGCAAGCACACCAAUGUUUCUUAUGUCAAGGAAGAUUAAAUCACUUGGUGUCAAAUGGGUGAUAUCUGGUGAAGGUUCAGAUGAGAUCUUUGGCGGGUAUCUAUACUUCCACAAGGCUCCAAACAAGGAAGAGUUUCACCAAGAGACUUGCCGCAAGAUCAAAGCGCUUCACCAGUACGAUUGCUUGCGAGCCAAUAAAUCUACAUUCGCUUGGGGCUUGGAAGCCAGAGUACCAUUUUUGGACAAGGAGUUUAUCAAUGUUGCAAUGAACAUUGAUCCUGAGUGGAAAAUGAUAAAAAGAGAAGAAGGAAGAAUUGAGAAAUGGGUUCUUAGGAGGGCCUUUGAUGAUGAAGAGAAACCUUAUCUGCCAAAGCAUAUUUUGUAUAGGCAGAAAGAACAAUUCAGUGAUGGAGUUGGUUAUAGCUGGAUUGAUGGCCUUAAAGAUCAUGCUGCAAAACACGUGACUGAUAAAAUGAUGCUCAAUGCUGGUAACAUAUUCCCCCAUAACACCCCAACAACCAAAGAGGCCUAUUACUACAGAAUGAUAUUUGAGAGGUUCUUCCCACAGAACUCAGCCGUUCUCACUGUUCCCGGAGGAGCGAGCGUCGCAUGUAGCACGGCGAAAGCUGUUGAAUGGGAUGCUUCCUGGUCCAAGAACCUUGAUCCUUCAGGCAGAGCAGCGCUUGGAGUGCACAUGUCAGCUUAUGACGAAAAAGCCAACUCGGUCAGCAAGGCUGCAGAAUUUGAGAAGAUUAUACCUAUGGAAUCGAGUCAUGUUGGAGUUGCCAUCCAGAGCUAGAAGAAGCUGGGGGGCGAGGAAGAAUUGCUUGAGAAUGAAGAAAUGAAAAAAGAAUUGCCUGCUGUGAAAUUCUAUUCCAAGAAAUGCUAAUAUAGAUAUGACUAGCUUGUAUUUAUUUUGAAUGCUGUGAUUUGAACUCUAUCAGAAUAUAUUGGAUUUCAAAGUGUUUUUUUAA